ACAGAAAGCCUCAAUUGCUCGCUCGCUCAGCGCCCAGCUUGGUCACAUGGUGGGAUGGCGCAUGCGCGUCGGUUUUAGAGUCUGAUGGAGAGAUGAUGCCCGUUGCCAUCAACCCUGCGUAGUGCAGGAGAGCUACAAACCGGUGAGAUUUACCGCAGACUCCGUUGUCUCUCAGCACAGCUUCAUGUUGUAGACUGACACCACAAGCCUGAUGUCUGUGGCAAAUGCGAAACACACUGUGCUGAAUCCGGUGAUCCCAUACACAGGGCCCAUACCUGGAGGCCUGCACCCCGGGGAGAUCAUCAUCAUCCAGGGUACUGUUCCCCCAGAUGCUGACAGGUUUCAGAUCGAUUUGUCGAGCGGCUGCAGCACCAAGCCUCGCUCUGACGUCGCCCUCCACUUCAGCCCUCGCUUCAAAGGCUCACCCCGUGUGGUUUGUAACUGCCUGCUGCAGGAGAGCUGGGGCAAAGAGGAAACACUCCAUAAGUUGCCCUACAAACGUGGAGCACCCUUCGAGACCAUCAUCCUGGUGCACGAAGAUGUCUUCAAGGUGGCUGUAAAUGGUGGUCACCUGCUGGAAUACAAGCACAAAACCCCAAUAAACAGGGUCGACACAUUUUCUAUUUCUGGGAAUGUCAGGGUGCACGCUGUUGGCUACAUCCCAAACUCAGCAAUAUAUUCAGAAUCAGGGGACUUGAGUGUCCCUUACAAAGGCAGUGUACUCAAAGGACUGAACCCUGGACAGCACAUCACAAUCAAAGGACAGGUCAGCAUGUAUCCUCACAGUUUUACAGUGAACCUCCGCACCAGCAGGACAGAGAACAUCGCCCUCCACCUGAAUCCUCGCAUGAAGUCGGGCAUGUUCAUCAGGAACUCGUACCUGAGUGAAUCCUGGGGUCAGGAGGAGCGGGAGCUGCCCUUCUUUCCAUUCUCGUCAGGGGAGUACUUUGAGAUUCUCAUCCUCUGUCAGCCACAUCAGUUCAAGCUGGCGGUGAACGGCUCUCACUUGUUUGAGUUCAGACAUCGGGUGCAGGACCUGAGCAGUAUUGACCAGCUGGAGAUCAUGGGGGACCUGGAGCUCACCGAUGUGAAGCUGUGGUGACUUGGGACUGUGAAGAAGACAGCGUUACAAGUGCUGCUAUGUUCCGGUUAUCAAUGCUAGAUUAGCUUUGCUGCGAUGACACAGACGGUCGGGCUGAAAACAGAAAAAUAUGUAGUGACUACAGCCAGGUUGGUCUUGCAGCAAUCAGAUAUCUCUGAUUUAAAGCUAGUCUAGCAUUGUGUGUGACCAUGACCAUGAACAGGCUAGGCUACGGGGUAUUUAUGGUCCAUGUGUCAAGCCCUCCCUAGACGACUGAUGCAUGAGAGUUAGCUGCCCUGGAGCAUCAGGGUGUGAGCCACCAUGACUGUUUACAGCUACAGGUUAGGUUUGCCUCGGUUUAUUUCUCAUACCAUCUGUAGUUCAUCUCUGCUGUGGCACGCCUUUAGUGCACUGUAUAAUCAAAACAGGGAAUUGUGUACAUGCUAUAAAAGAACUCCAGUAUUGGUUUUGUUGCCAAUAUGGAAAACAAUGAAUGAUUUUGAUGGGCUCCAUUCUUUUGGAAGAUGAAGGCCCACUAAAGACUUAUCUAUUGUACAGCUAACUCAAAACGCUUCAAAGCAUUUUUACAUAAAAGUCUAAGUAAAUAUGACGUGCAAUUUCUUUGUUUCUAGUCUAUUCAACGGCGGCUAUCCUCAGGAUUUCCACAGACAUCAAAGUGUCAUUCAACAUGUAACAACGCAGCAGAACUCCAGCACAGUGCGGUACAGGGUCAGUUCAAUACGACCAUUUAGAAACCAAACAAUUUUGCAACCUGUGUCCAGGUUGAAGACUAUUGUAGUCCUGCAGAGUCCUCCUCUGUGACUAUCUCUUGUUCAGCCAAUCUCUCACUCUGUGCUGCGAUGAUCAACUCUGCUCCAAAAUAAACAAGAAAAUCAGUGAAAACAAAAAAAUCGGAAACAUUUCAUUUCUUAUGCAAAGGCUUCUUUUUGCAAUGUCUGUUGUAAUUGUUGUAAAAUAUGUAUGAAGAAUCUUACCUAUGUACCAUAAAUGAUUUAAUAACAAAUAAAUGUGUUACUGU